AUGAGAGCUGUGGAGGCCUCCUUGUUAAAAGCCAGUCGUAUUUAUCCUGACUGCUUUCCCAUGGCCAAAAAGCUUUGGGCUAUGACUUACAAGGCUGAAGAACAGCCAGCACGUGUUGAUUUGACAUUGAAGAAGUUCAGCCUAGCUACAAUAUACGGACAGAUAGAGGGAAAGAUGUUCUGGGGAGUGUGUCAACUUCUUGGACAUUAUGCACGUCUGGACUGGGCUCUAUUGUAUAACUGUCCAAGUAUGACUGUUAUGACCAUUUCCUGUUGUCUUUGUUGCUUAUUGACCGGAUAUGGUUGUGAGAUAGGGUCAUGUAUUUAUGCUUUUAUGGCCAGUCAGUUUCUAAUUCUAAGGACCCCCAAGAAAAGGGUUCCUUUUUUGCAAUUGUUAAGAAGUGCGUUGAUGAGUAAGUUGAAGUGGAGGCGCCUUAGGAGGCAAACUGACAUUUUGGAAUUUCAAGAGAAGGAAUCAGAGAGAAUUGUCUUCCAUAUAGUGACUGAUUCUCUUAAUCUCCCAACAAUCUCAAUGUGGCUCUUAUUAAAUAAUCCUGACGAAGCCACAAUCCAGAUCCAGAGCAUAGACACUUUUGAAUGGUUGUCAGCCAAGUAUGAAGUGACACUGCAGAAGCAAACCUCCUCUGAUCCGAGAUACAUUUCUGCACUGAACCACCUUCGCUUCUAUCUGCCAGAUGUUUUUCCCCUGCUUAAUAAAAUUGUGCUCCUUGGCCAUGAAGUAAUUGUGCUAAGCGAUCUAUCCAUACUUUGGAGUUUUGACAUGAAGAGUAAAGUAAAUGCAGCAGUGGAGACCUGUCAGGAAGGUGAGCCUUCAUUCCGUAGGAUGGAUUUGUGUAUCAACUUCUCAGACCCAAUGGUGGCAGAGAUUUGA